AUGUCUCUGGCGCAGAAGCAAAAGCCAGAUCAGUUUGUCGAUUUCAAUGCUGGGCCGGACGCAAAUGCGGCCACUGGCAGCUAUGAUACCCCGCCCUCAACCAAUGGCCGUGACGUCCAUGGCCGAUCGCCUCAGGAUACUGGCACGCUGGUUGUGAAGGACGAAGGUACCAGCUACUUCGACAGCGCAAAUUGGCGCGCCAUCCUGGAAGAGGUCUCAAAGAUCAAUGGCGUCAAGGACUAUAUCGGGGUUUAUGACGACGAUUCCGAUCAUGAAGGGGCAGAGGAGGAUGUUGACGGCGACACCUCUCCAGCGCUUCUCCUAGGGAUGAGCAGGCCAAUCUCUAAAGAUGAGCUCCUCGUCGAUAUACCUCCGCGCUCGAUAGCGGAUCGACUGGUCGCUCGUUUCUUCAAGACCACAGAGCCAUCAUUGAGUAGGUAUCUUCCUCUCCAAGUUUCUGUUCAUAUCCUAAUUGUAACAGUCGCUGUGCAUGGGCCAACCUUUCAGAGGGAAUACGAACAGUUCUGGAAAAACCCCCAGGACAUGUCUUUCACGUGGAUCGCAUACCUAUAUGCCAUCUUCGCGCUGUCGGUAUCUCAUUACCACCGCAGCGAAGAGCCGCUCCCGUUGAAUAUGGUGGAUCCAAUCAGCAUAUGGAAGACCUUUCGAAAGAGAUCGGCUCAGGGCUUGAUGCAGUCAAACUACCUCACCCCAGGCCGCUAUAAGCCGGAAGCUCUUUUUCUCUACAGCCUCACAGAAUUCUAUCGAAGUCAAGAUGCGCAAGCCGGGGUGUCGUACCUCUUUGGUAUCUUGAUUCGACUGACUAUGCGCAUGGGCUACCACCGUGACCCUAAUCACUAUCCUAGCCUCUCUCCGUGGGAAGGUGAGAUGCGACGACGCCUAUGGGCUCUGGUCUGCCAGCUCGACAUUUUGAUUUCUUUCCAAGUUGGGCUGCCACGGACCAUUCAGCCCUGGCAGUAUGACACGGAGCAACCAUCCAACCUCCAUGAUACAGAUUUCGAUGAAGCUACUAUGGAACUCCCACCUUCUCGGCCAGACAGCGAGCGAACAGCUUGUGCAUAUACAAGAUCCAAGUCUCGUAUCAUGAAGGUCUUCGGGCAAAUAGUCGACCUGGCAUUUUCACGGGAGCAAGCAUCCUAUGACGAGAUCUUGUCCAUUGAUCGCCGGUUGCAGGAGGCGCAUGACCAACUACCGCAUUUCCUUCAGUAUCAACCAAUCGGCCAGUGUAUUGCCGAUCCGACAGAGCUUAUCAUGAGAAGAUAUACCCUAGAGUUGCUCUAUCAAAAGUCUCGGGUGGUGUUACAUCGCCGGUAUAUGGCAGAACCCCACAGCAAGUAUUCAUACUCGCGAUCGGUCUGUUUGAUCGCUGCUCGGGAGACGCUGCGACACCAUUCAGAUGUCUACAAUGAGUCAUUACCAGGAGGCCAGCUCUACGCGGAACGAUUCUUUAUGAGCUCCCUUCAGAAUACUGACUUCAUGCUCUCUGCCAUGAUUCUAUGUUUGGAAAUCUCCCAGGAGAAUGAGCGUGAAAACGCUCUUAUGGGACCGCAGGAACGAGGCGAUCUUUUGUGUCUGCUGGAGACCACAUAUCGUAUUUUUAAGGAGACACGGCACCGAUCGGUCGAUACGCAGCGAGGGUAUGCCGCCCUGAAAAUCAUGCUUGGGCGGGUCAAAGGCAGCCCUGCCAGCUCCGACGAACAAAAUAAGCAAAUUGAUGGUGAGCUACUCUUCCAGUCAUAG